UUUAUUGUUGGUAGGGUUAUCUAUGACAAAUGAAGAGGGCAAAAAAUUUCGAUCCCAGGAAGUGUUUUUUCUCCCCUUCCUCUUACCUCCCCUUGGCCCCAAACUCGGCAGCAAAUUCCUCUCUACAUCCCAUACGGAUUCGACUUUUACCUCGACCUUCCAUAAGGUCUCCCCUGAAAAGACGCUUAGUCUUUCUCGUAAUUACUCGCCGCUUUCGCUCGAAGCCGAACGAGUCAGCGGCUCCCGGCACCGGCGACGUGGGGACUCGUCGGUAGAACGAUCGACCUUGAGCUAGCAGAUUUCUUGCCUGUGAGCCAAGUCUAGCCCAUCUGGUCUAGCUGGCCCAGUCCAGGCGCAUCCAUCAUCUAUUGCACGCACUACGACGGAAAUACCCCAACUUGGGGUUCGUUUGCUGUGCUUUUUACUACAGUAAUCGACAUCGCUGCAAAAAUUGCACGCAAACUCGCACGCCCCUCUUGUUCGAACAAACACGCACUAUCCACCGAGGUCGAUAAGCGCAGGAUCCCACUGCCACUGCCCUGGGUUUAGCUGUGCUGGAGUGUGUUGGCUAGACCGUCCCAUCCCAUUCUGCUCACUCACUCGCUCGCUCGCUCGCUGUCCCUACUGUGCGGUACGUUACCGACUGUUUCGCGUCGACCCGUUGCACUUCGGUAUCUUCCAGCCUAGCAAACAAGUCAGACCAGUCCAGUUCGACUGUCAUCCAAAACUCGACGCGCAUAUCUACAUACAUACAUACAACUCAUACACACGCUCUUUGCGCUUCUUGACGGCUGGUCCCACCGAUAGCAACAUUUUUUUGCCCCCAGGUCGAGGAGUGUAUGUACGUUGUCCAUCGCGCUCCGUCAUUCAUUUCCUCGCCUUGGGACCUCACAAAAAUCAUUCGGGCCCGCACCUCUUCGAGUUGUCCGUCAUUGCAGAAGGCUUCUUGCGUAGACGUACGUGUAGUAUAGCAUAGAAGCACCCCCCACCCCUGCAAGGUCUUGAGUCGCUCAGAAAGACGAGAGUCAGUGUAUUGACUGAAGAUACACUUUGGUACAGAGUACAGUACACCCUCCUCUUAGACGCUAGACCGUCUUUGCUUCUGGGUUCUCGGCAGAGCCACCGCACCAGGCUGAUUUCAACAUCGCACUAUAUUAGUGCGUCGCUCCCCAAGAACUACGGGCGACUUAGCCUGACCUCUCUGUGAUCGAGGAAAAGCGAACUAUCCUUGCCUAGGCUCCAUUCCCCCAUCUCUAUCUCCCCUCCCCAGCAAGAUCCGCGCUCAAGGACUCGGCCUAGGAGCUCGCAUCACACACUUAACCAUAAACCAACCUUUGGUCUUGCAAACGGCGCUACUACUGCCGCCGCCAACAACAUAUACUGCCGCGCCGCCGCAAGUCUGGUUGCAAGCGCUUCAGCCAUAUUACACUUCUUUCCCCUGCUACGGGCAAACACCAACUUGACGCGGGUCUGAGCUAAAACCUCGCCGGCCAUUUCUUUAUCAUCAUCAGCCCCGUGGAGCUGUAGCAUGUCUCUGGUGCCAACACAGCAACCUCAUACUUUUGUUGACAACCACGCAUCGUUGCAUUCUGCCUCCAAUAUCGCGAAACUUGGUUCCGAGGCGACCCUUGACACGCUCCUCAGCUCUCCCAACUCUAUGGAACGAAGUGCUACGGAGUACUCGCAGUCAGGUUUGCCUUCGCCCUAUCCAAGCAACUUCGGCGACACCAAUUCUGAAGGUUCGAGGGCAGAUCACGCAUCUGCUGCGCAAUAUCCUGUCAAGCAGGAAGUCAAUUAUUCGACCUCAGCCACUCCCACCUCCGAGUACGGCGUCUAUCCUCAGUCAGCCCGAUCAGGAUCUUUCCCAGAGCACGUCCAGCGUUCAUACCACCCUGCCAGCAGCACCAGCACUGGAGGUAUGGCGCAACAACAGAACAGUCCGUCAAUGCCCCAGCAGGAUGGGCGUAGCCAUCAGACCCAUCCGGUCAAAUCUGACAACGAUGUUCCUAUAGAUCCGUCCAUCGCCGCGCCGAGCCCAACUUACGCUUCGUAUGGGCAGCAUUCUCCCUACGCGCCUAACCCAGACAUGACACACAGUUACUCUCACCCUGGUGGCGGCAUGUAUGCGCAACCUCGGCCGGACUGGGCUGGUUACCCUCAGCACGGCGGGGCGCCUUUGACUCCCGGCCACCCAGUUUACGCUCAAAACCCGGCAUCGGCGCCACCUCAAGCACGACCAAACCAGGUUUACUCCUUCGUCCCCAUUCCAGGUGCGCAACAGCAUAAACGACCUCGGCGACGAUACGAGGAGAUUGAGCGCAUGUACAAGUGUGGAUGGAAUGGCUGUGAAAAGGCCUACGGUACACUGAACCACUUGAACGCUCACGUUACCAUGCAGUCUCACGGACAGAAGCGAACACCCGAAGAAUUCAAGGAGAUUCGCAAGGAGUGGAAGCAGAGGAAGAAGGAAGAGGAAGCCAACCGAAAGGCCGAAGAGGAGCGACAACGCCAGGCUCAGGCCGCUGCCGCCGCUCAGAAUGGAGGUGGCGAGCCUCAAGGUCCUGAUGGCACGCCUACCUCAUCCUACCCUGGCCGAACAGUCCAGCUGCCUCCCAUCGGAUACCAGCCUGCUCAGUACCCGCCACCACCUUCUGGGGUUCCUCAGCAGCCUCUCCCUGACUAUAACACCAGCCAUAUCUACUCGAAUUAUCAACCUCACUCGCCUUACGCGCAGCCCAGUCAGGGCAUUCCUUACCAAUGUAUGUCGCAGAGGCAGAGGGUGACUUAGUGGAUGAACUAACCAGACAUAGCAAACGGUGGUCAACCCCCAAGCCACUAAGACGGAUGGUCAAGCAAGGAUUAAGGUUCUAGAGGAGGAAACUCACCAAAAGUCAAAAAGAAGAUUGAUACCCGCUGUAUUAUAUUGGAAUGACCGCUGUGCUUCUGAGCUGUCAUUAGGUUGAUCUGAUGCCACCUUCAGAGAGUAUGGCCGAUUUGGAGGGGAUGAAACGCAAUCACGUUUUCUCGGCCCGGUAAUUACUCCUCUGCUUCCCUCUACUUCGACUCGCAUAAGGUAGCCCCUUGGCUGGUCCUAGAUCUUCAUUGGGAUUCCUUCAUAUCCUUUCAGCUAUUGGACCCUUUCUUCUUGGUUUCAUUUCUUGGAGUUAUGCGUAUAUGAAUGACCCAAGAAGAUCUUGAGUCAAGGAGUUGAGAAAUUCUUUUCAUCAUCAUCAGGUUCUGGUCAGGGGCAGGUGGUCCUGGAGGUUUGGCGUGUUUAUCUGCAUUUACAACGAUCUGUUACGUUUUGGAGGCCUGUCCAACCCAAUUGCGGCAAUCUGGUUUGCGGCACCGGAGGGCAUGGCCGCCAUUUGCUUUCGCAUAUGUGUGGACAAUGGUGUGAAUGGGAUCGAAGAUAUGUUUUUUUAUACGAGACGGUCUCAUUCUAAACUUGUCGAAUGGCCAAUCAGGGGGAUACGAAUAGAUACAUCGACAAUAUAUGACUCGCAUGGUGGUAACUUGCAGUCUGUUAAACGAGUAAAUCAAGCCACAGGUGUUGAAAAAAAGUUAAUCUGAAGCUUGUGCCAUCUCCGUGAACAGUGAUAUUGUCAUUUGAGUCUUGAAUGAAUAAAAGUGCGGAACAAGGACUAAACUGGC